UUUUAAAACAAAUUUUUCAAUACUAAAAUUAAUUGAAAAAAAUUAACGAGUUUUAAAUGAUGUGUAGAAACAUUUUAAUGUUGUUUGUGAAUGACCAAUAUAGUGACUAAGACUUAGCAGAUAUUUUGACAUAUACAUAUAUAUAAGACAUAACAAUUUGGUAAAAAAAAUAAUAAUUUAAAGCAUUUGCUGUUGUUUUGUAUUGCAAUACUGAAAGAGUUUUUAUGAAAACCAUAUGACUUAAAUGUGCAUUCACAGAAAUGUGCUUAUCUACAUAAAUAUUUUUUGCGCAUAUUUGCAUACAUAUGUGGCUAGUGAAAAAUUUCGUAAUGUUCUGCAGCAAGAACGCUUAAACCGCAAAAUAAUCAAUUAUUUCAGACACAGGCUUCUAUUUACAAUGGGUGACCGUGACAUCCCGACCGUACCUGUAACAACAUUAGCUGGUUUAACCAGCACUUCCGAUUUGCUAAGCGAGUUACCAGUGUCGGAUUCGCUUCAGAGUGCAGCUUCCUUAAAUAAGUCUCUACUUUUUCAUGCUUUGGUGGCUAAUGAAUCAAAUAAUUUACUUUCUGUCCGUGAUGAAAAUCUAGUUCGACAAUUGGUUACUGCCAUUGAAAGAACAAACUCUGACAACAUUGAGUUAAAAUCACAUUACUCAAUUGAAGAACCAGGAGCUAAUAUUAAAACACAUCCCGAACUACUACAAGGAAUUUAUCAUUUUCGUCCAGCUGUUUUCAACACUUCGCUUAAGAUAAACUUUAAUAUUUCAGACUCUUCUAAAGAACAUGUGGCAAAUGUUCGAUUUGAUGAAAGUAAUUUGCUUAUAGAUCCAUACAUAAGACCGGAAUUUGAUAUAUCAAUAAAUUCGAAUAAAGAUUUAUUGCAGAAAAAACACCAUCAGGCAUCUAAGAAUCAGUUUAACAGUAUGACUUCAGGAGAAAUGUCUGAAGAAGUCUUUCAUAUAAACAUUAAGAAUAAACAAUUUCCGAAGAAAAUAGAAGAAAGUAUAUUGAACUCUGAUCAAAAUCUGAAUAAAACAGUAACAUCUGAGGCUCAUGUACAAAUUAAUUCACCAGACAAAAGUGGAAUGCAAUCAUUAGUACAGGAACAGUAUUUCAGAAACCAAGCAGAAAGUAAUUCAAAAUAUUUCAUUCAAACCCAAACAGACAUUCACCAAUCCGUUCAAAAUAGUUGCAACAUAUUUCCAAAUGAGUCAUCUAAUUUUGAUUUGGAUUCUGUAAAUAGUCAGAAUGUAUUAUUUUUACAAAAUUAUCCGAUGACUGAAAAUACUCAAAUGUAUGCGUCUUCAAUGGAAUAUGGUGAAAUAAAGCAGCAAAUGCAAGUCCCUGAAGUCUCUGAUUCAAGCUUGGAACAGUUGCCAGGAACUGUAAACUCAGUAAUGAUUAAGAACAAUAGCCUUGCAGGUAGUUCACAGCAUCAACUACACCAACUACUAUCAGCAACUACAUCGACAUCUACUUCCUCAAGUGGCAUGUCUCAGGUUCGGGUAUGUAUAAAUCGUCUUAAUAUUGAUGAUUCUCGCCUUAUGCAACAAAGUAUUAAAAAGUUUGUACAAAAGUCACCAGAAUUGGCUAAAAGUAUGGGGUUACUACAAGUAUCGGCCCAGCAACAACAUGAUAACUUGAAUAUCUCGUCUGUAGUUGUGAAGAAAAGAAUUACAGAGAAUGGUGUUGGUAGUACAACUAAUAUAGUCAACAUUCCAAUAGACACAUUUUCUACUAUAAAAGCCGAUGAAAAACGAUUUUCUGCAAAACGAAAACUUGCCAUAUCAAUUGGUGACAUUCCACCGGAACAAAUAUUCUCUAAGCCUAAAAUGCGACGAAUCGAAAGGGCAAUGCCUAUCUCAAAAUGUUUAAAGGAAGACGUUACUCGAUCUCAAACAUAUCAACAAUUUAUGCGCAAUAUGGAUCAAAUAAUUGAAACGUUAGACGAUAGCGAAUCUCCUAACUUUGACUCAGAAGAUGUUGACGAAAAUAUUGAGUGCAUUUCACCAAAACUUUUAAAUGCAAUGAGCACUGAUGCCGCCAAGUUAAAAGCUAAGCAUGCUUUAGACGCCAUACCAAAAAACAAAUUAACUCUUCUUAUAAACUACGCAAUGCGCAGCGUUUACUUAGCAAGGAAUUAUUUUGCUGGACCGGAGGAACAAGAGGAAAUUGUAGACGAUGAAGUAAUUGAGAAAAUACUUAAUGCAAUGGAUGCUUGCUUGCUUAUAUGUAACAUUUACUCAACAGUAAGCGAUCUUAAGUUUUUGCAAGAGGAUAAUGUAACGCACAUUUUAAAAUUUGCACAAUUUCAAUUACGAGAAACAAUUUUUCCUCUCCAUGAUCCGGUUUACACUGUGAAAAGUAUGAAAAAAAGCAAUCGGAAAAAAAUAAAGUCACAUAAAGCUCACAAUAGAAGUCUUCAGCUAUUCUACUCAAAAACUGUAGAGUUAUUAAAGGUUUUUGUAACACUUUUUGAUAAAUGUAUCUUCGUUGAUACCAUCAUUUUACCGUUGUCGACGAUGGCAAUUGAACCAUUUUUUGUUGACAACAUAGACACUCUACAAUUUGUGUGCUUGGAACUGGUGACCACAAUAUUUCGCAAGGAAAAAUACGACAAAAUUAGAAACAGCAUCUUAGGAGACAUUUUGACAUCAAUUGAUCGUUUAUCUUCAUCAAAAAAAAAUCUUCGCCCCUACAAGCUUUCAAAUAAUGGAGGAAAUAUUCAAAUGGUUACAGCACUUGUGCUACAAUUAAUUCAAUGCGCGACAAUUUUACCAGACUCACUUUGUGAUAAUGGAAAAUUAAGUAAUAAGCCUCAACUGAGUGCUGCUAUUGCCGAAGACCUUGCAAGCGGAAAGUCAGUACAGCUUAAUCAGGAUAUACUAGUAUUACAAAAAUACGAUGUUGCUGUUAGUAUUGGCGGAAAUUUCUUAACCACUUUUCUAAAUAAAUGUAAAACACGAUCUAAUGAAACGGAUUUUCGCCCUCUCUUCGAAAAUUUUAUUCAUGAUUUACUUGCUACCGUGAAUAAGCCCGAAUGGCCUGCAUCUGAAUUAUUGCUUUCUUUAUUGGGCACUAUGCUGGUCCGGUACGUGUCUGAUAAAGGUAUAGAACAAAGCAUUCGUUUAGUUUCAUUAGAUUACCUGGGUAUAGUAGCUGCUCGACUGCGCAAGGACAUUGUUGAAUCACGAUGUAAGGUUAAUAUUAUUGAUUCAAUGAUUAAUUCAAUAAAAGUAGAACAAGAAAAAGAGGGCGAUACAACAAAAAAAAGUGAUCGAUUUCAACUAUAUCCCGAUGAGCAACGAACAGAAUUUUUGCAAAAAAUACUUCUUGAUUUUCUAGCUGUAAAUGCUCAAGAAGAAAAUUUAAUCUGGGACUAUGCUCGACACUUUUAUUUGUCACAAUGGUAUCGGGAUGUUAUUUAUCAAAGACGCCGAAUAAAGGAUGGUAAAAAGGGAUUAACUUUAAGAAAGUGUAAAAGGACUAAACAUCGGGCUGAUGGUGAAUAUUUGGAUACAUCUGACUCUGCUUCAUGCGAUGAAAUUGAUACCGAAGAAUCAAAAAAGAAUAGAAACCCCUCUUCUGACGAUACUGAUAUUCGGCUAAAUGUUGAUAUUGUUAACGCACUAGAAGAAAGAAAACAAUAUUUAAUAAACAAAAUUAAGCCGUUUUCAGUUUUCGGCGACCAAAAUUUUACAUCAAAUCAGCACAUAAAAACAUACAUAGAUUACAAUAAUGCACAGCUGAUAGCGCAAUAUCUAGCCACCAAACGGCCUUUUAGUCAAUCAUUUGAUGGAUGCUUAAAGAAAAUUAUUUUAGUCGUUAAUGAACCAUCAAUAGCAAUAAGGACACGUGCAAUGAAAUGCCUAGCAAGCAUCGUGGAAGUUGAUCCAUUGGUGUUAAAACGAAAAGACAUGCAAAUGGGAGUAAAUCAAAAAUUUCUUGAUACAGCUAUAUCUGUACGAGAAGCGGCUGUAGAUUUGGUUGGAAAAUUCGUGCUAAGUAAUCAAGAGUUAAUCGAUCAAUAUUACGACAUGCUGUCAACUCGAAUUUUGGAUACUGGAGUCUCCGUACGAAAAAGAGUCAUCAAAAUUUUACGAGACAUAUGUGUAGAAUAUCCAGAUUUUGCAAAAAUUCCCGAAAUUUGCGUAAAAAUGAUACGACGUGUUAAUGACGAAGAAGGCAUUCAAAAGCUUGUUACUGAAGUUUUUAUGAAAAUGUGGUUCACACCAUGUAUUAAAAAUGAUAAAAUGGCCAUGCAGAGAAAAAUUAAUCAAAUAAUUGACGUGGUAAAUACUGCACAUGAUACUGGAACUACUUGGCUAGAAGGCCUUCUUAUGAGUAUUUUCAAACCAAAAGAUAAUAAUUUAAAGACUGAUGUAUGCGUUCAAGAGCCUGUAAAGAAAAAUACGGAGCCUCCAAUGGAUAUUGUAAUAGCUUGUCAACAAUUAGCUGACGGUCUAGUUGACCGGCUAAUUGAAUUGGAAGACACAGAUAAUGCGCGAAUGCUGGGUUGCAUUACCACACUUCAUUUGCUAGCUAAAGUGCGGCCGCAAUUACUAGUUAGGCAUGCUAUGACAAUAGAACCUUAUCUCAACAUAAAAUGUCAUUCUGCCACAGCUGCAAAAUUCAUAUGUGCUGUAGCGGAUAUUUUAGAAAAAGUAGUUCCUCUGGUUAAUAAUGCCAGUGAAUCUUUUUUGGCAGCUUUGGAAGAGCAUUUAAUGUUAUUAGUUGUAUCACGAAAUCAAGCCGAGGUUACUAGUUGUGUUUCUUGCUUAGGAGCUCUUGUGAAUAAGAUUACACAUAACUUCAAACUGAUUCGAGACUGUUUUCAAAAGUUUUAUCGAGUUCUGGAUGUUUCUCGAAAUCAAGUACUGCAAGGAAACUUAAGUGUAGAUACAAUUUACACUCCCAGCUUUCGGCGAAGUUUGUUUACGAUUGGAAUACUAAUGCGAUACUUUGAUUUUAAGUCUCCUAUUGCUUUAGGUGAGACAUUUGGUGGUCUGCCUAUUUCAAUAUGCGAUGAUGUCUUCAAUUGUCUGAUGUUCUUCUGCAGUUGUGAUAAUCAUGAAAUAAGAAAGCAAGCUCUUAUCUCGCUUGGAUCUUUCUGUGUAUUAAACGAUGACUACCUUACUAGAUCGGAACUUAAAAUUUUAUAUUGUGACAUACUAAGCUCCACGGCGAACGAUGCCGGGUUCAAAAUAAUCUGCAUGCGUAACAUUUGGAUUUAUUUAACAGAAUCUGAAAUGUUUAUGCACAAUAAAGAGAAAGAAUGGGAAAAACAAUCGAAACACGAAGAUCUUAAGGAAAUGAACGACGUUUCCUCUGGAAUGGCAAGUCGAAUAAUUCAGCUUUAUCUGGAAGAGAUUCUUGAGUGCUUUCUUAAUCGGGAUCACACAGUACGUUUGUGGGCUGUUAAAGUAAUACAGAUUGUGCUUCGUCAAGGAUUGGUUCACCCCGUUAGAAUGGUUCCGUAUUUAAUAUGUCUAAGUACUGAUCCUAAGAUAGAGUCCGCACAUAGAGCGGAUGCAUUGUUAAAAGAUAUUGAUAAGACGUAUUCUGGAUUUGUUAAUAUGAAAGUGCAAUUUGGUCUUCAGUUGUGCUUUAAGUUGCAAAAAGUCUUGCAGAUGACCAAAGGAAAACUUGAAAUAAUUAGAGGUUACUCGAACCGUGGACCAGAUAAUGUAACAACCGCUUUAAAUGACUUUCUUUAUUCCCUUCUUCGCACUACUAAGCCACAAAGACGUGCCUUGGUACAAACAGUUACAAAACAGUUUGAUGACCAGAAAACAUCAUUACAACAAAUGUUGUAUAUUGCCGACAAUCUGGCUUACUUUCCAUAUGUGGUUCAAGAUGAGCCUCUAUAUCUGAUACAUCAAAUUGAUUUAUUUAUCUCAAUGGCUGGAACUCAUUUGCUUGCUACGUUUAAGGAACAUUUAAAACCGAGUGAUAAAGAAGGAGAUGUAUUAGAAGAUGAUGAUGACGUUGAAGAUCCCCAAGUUUUGUUUAAUCGACUGCCUGAAAAUAUGACAGGAAUAAUAAAAUGUAUAACAUCUGCUCAAGCAUGUAUGCUCCUUUUAAUAUUAAAAGAUCAUUUAAAGAACAUGUACGGAAUUACUGAUAGUAAAAUUUCAAGAUAUUCGCCAUCCGAACAAAAAUUAUAUGAAAAAGCUGUUACACGUAAAAGCGUAACAGACUUUAAUCCUAAAACAACUAUUGACGUUAUUAAAAAACAGUUGUCACAAAAGAUGUUGAGCACGGACAUCCAUUUUUUAUUUACCAACGAGGAGAAAUUGGACCUUGUUGUUAAGUACCUCGAUUUUAAGAAACUUAUGUUAAAAUUGGAUCCAGAAGAUGCAGACUCGGAUGCUGAUGAGUCUCACGACAAGUCUAUAUUAAAUAACUCGAUGACUUCUGAUAGCUUUGGAUACGCAAAUUCAACAAAAGGUGACCAUAUCGCAAUUGGUGGAAACUCUUUUACCUCAACUAAUGCGCUGGAUGUACCAAUAUCUCAUAAUGUAAAAGUGUCUAUAUUGUCUUCAAAAUCUGGUGUUCGCAAACCGAAUCAAUUGCGAAGUAAAAAGAGACGAAGAAAAAUUCAGUCCUCGGAUGAUGAAAACAGUGAUGCGGACUUUGUGUGAGCAAAAAAUUUUUUCUGUAAAAAAGUUUUGUUUUUGGCUAAUAGUUUAAGAUAAAACAAAAAAUGUACAAUAAAUAACA